AUGCACCGGACGUUCCAGCAUGAUUUGUACCGUAUGAAACUAGCGACAGCCCGAGCCUUCAUGAAGUCUCUUGAUAAUAGCAUGAGUCCAAUCUCAUCUAACCCCGCUGAGCCGCUUAAGCUGUCUGCUCAGGUGCAAGGCAUUGGCCCAACAUUCAAGUUAACAGUCAGCCUUCAAAACACCUCCAUCAACCAUCCAUCCAUUAAUUUGUUCAUCAGUUUCCUUUUUGAUGAGAAGUUGUAUUCAUUACAAAAGGCCUUUAUACAG